AUGGUCAAAGAUGAAGUUAUUCAAAUAGGAGGAGUGUUUAAAGAAUCGCAUGUUUCCAUUGCAGGUCUGUUAUCUCUUCUUGACGUUAGCUUGGUGGAGAUCCAGGAACUAAAUAACUUGAAUAAAUUUUACUAUAUGGGAGGACCAGAACCCAAUGAACGUCGUCUUGACAUAUCAGGAGGUCAGAAUGAUGGAUUAAUAUACAUUGAUUGUUCCUUACAGAACGAAAAUUCUAGCGUAUCCCUUUCUUUGCAAAAGAAUAAAGGUAACUUGACUGUUCAACACGUUCAAAAUAUGGAUAUUAACACUGAAAACGAAGGAGAAAUUUAUCUUAUGCUGAUUAGUUCCCAAGCCAAUGGCUUUUUUAAAAAUAACAAUACAGUUUGUAUACUUGGAACCAAAUUUGCUGUGCAAGAUGUAGGCUCCGGUGAAGGUUGUUUUGGUAUUCAAACGGGGAUAUUGACGAUUAACAAACAAAUAAACUCUUGGAUUUGUUUAUAUGAUAGCUCAAUACUACGUGUAAAUACGUCUCUGUAUAAGGAACAAUCAAUAAUCAAACUUGCUGGUUUUGGUGCUAUAUGGAUUGAAAUCUUUCAUUCCAUUUCGAGUACUGACUCGGAAGACAGUAAGUUGGAACCCAUUGGAUACAGAGAAAACCGCUAUUACGAUGUAAAUGUUCCAGGAUCCAAAGAACCAAUGGUCUUCGAUAUUGGGCCGGGAUUAGUAGAUUUCAAAUAUUAUCGUGCAGAGAAGGAUCUGUUUCAUUAUCUUCAGAUUGAUGCUAGAGGAAAGGGAAAUAAAUGUCCAUGUUUAUGUACCCACGCACCUGUAGUUAAAAUUCCAGGUGCGAAACCAAUUGUGAGUUCCGCCACUAUUACGUGGUUUGGUGAUACAAAAAUUCUGUAUACUACAUUCAUUGAUACUAAACCGACAACAAUCACAAAUAUACUCGAUUGCCCACAUACCACAGACAGUUGUAAAACUAUAAUUUCAAGUGAAAGUGCCUUCAAGAAUCAUACGAUUACUAUCCCAACACUUGCAACUGACCUAAUUGAUUCGGAUCCCACGUCGGAGACUACGGAAACUAGAACCUCCAAUGAGGGUGCGGCUAGAGAAAACAUAAAUACUCUCGAACGGAAUUUUGAACCCCUAGAUUACAGAAAAGAUCGCUAUUUGGAUGUACAUGUGCCGCAGUUCGAUGAACCUUUAAUCUUUGAUAUCGGACCCGGAUACGAAAGACUGUCUUUCAGGUUUGCGUUUGCUGAGUCUGAGCUUUAUGAGGAUAUGCUUAUAAUUUCUCAUCAACUAACUGGACCUGAUAUUGGGAAUGAAUGCCCAUGUUCAUGUUCCAGUCUCCCUCCAGUGAAAGUUCCAGGCAUUGAACCAAUUCUAGUUACUACCACUAUUUCAGCGAAUUCAACUACAACAACAAAGAAUAUUACAGCCAUAAAUACGAGCCCGACAACAAUCACGAAUGUGAUUAGCUCCAAGACUACCACAGAUACAACCACAACCAAGACUUCAAAUGAUGGUAUUGCCAGAGAGAGCACUAACAAGUCCUUAUUCACCGUUGCAACUAUUAUAAUGUCAUUUCUCUUGAUUAUUUAG